AUGUCGAAUGAAGAAUCUGUGCCUGUAAGGCAAGAUUAUCAUAUCGGUCUUUUACGUCCUGGGGUAUGUCAUGCCAAAUCAAUUUGGCUUGGCGACAAACAUCUGGCAUUGCGAAGCGAUAUCCGAGGUGAUGCAAUUCCAGCAUCAAACAGUUCUUCAUCAAAAAGAAACUGUGGAAUCUGGGAUGAUAAAUAUUCCACAGGUUCAGAUCCUUCGGUAUUAUUGAAUAAGGGAGUUGAGUGA